AUGAAUUUGAACUGUUGUGCUAUCUGUAAGGUCUUAAAAAAAAAUUGUGACUCAAAUUGCAUAUACAAAGCACAUUUUCCAUCGAACGAUACAAGAUUUGAAGAUGUUAAUCAAAUCUUUGGAGCCGAAAUCGUUGCAAAUAUCUUCAACAGUCUUGAAUCUGAAGAACAACGUAAGAUUGCUGCCAACUCUUUGUGCUAUGCUGCUAAGGCUCGUAGACGUGAUCCCGUUUCUGGAAUUCUUGGGAUGGUACAACACUAUGAGAGUAUACUUAAUUAUGUUGAACAAGAGAUCAAAUUGGCAGAGAAUGAGCUUAAAACAAAUGUGGGACCUGAUCAAGUGCCAAAAUAUGUUGAUAUUCCAAUUCCAGAUGAUUUCCUCGUGAAGAGAGAAGAUCGAAAGAUGGGUGAUGGUCACAGAGUUAAUGAUGCAUCAACAUCUGCGGGACCAUCUUCAACUUUACCUAAGAAGCAUGAGUAA